AUGCCAACAACAACACGGAGAACAUCUUUGCUGCAAAGGGGAGCCCUGUCGGCGGCAAAACGCUUUUACACGCGCGGUGGUAGUGGUGGUGCGACGACCAACAAAAGCAUCGUUUCGUCUUCUUUCGCGAAGAACCCAGACGCGGCAGAAGCCGUGCCGCUUCUCCUUUUCGUAUCUGCAGGAGUGUUCUCGGGAUUGUCGUUUCUGUCGCGACAAAUCGUAAACUCGCCCGGGUUUUACGCGAACAGAACGGAAAGACAACGCGGCAUAGACGAGCCCGAGAAAGAGAAAUCGAUGCGAGGCAGCAAUUGGUACAAUCACAAAGUGAGAAGAUAUUUUGGGGAGAGGAAUAAAAGGAAAGCACCUGGAGAAGUGUUUCCAACUUUGAACGCAAAGUUUGCGCCGGUUUCCCAGCCGUACGAUGAAAUCCUCGGGAGGAAGAGGAACGGUUAG